AUGAGGCGGAUUGUGGACAGCUUGACGUUUGAAGGUUCAGGCCGGUCGUUCGCGACGAAUCACAGAAACAAAUGGCUGCAAUCGGGCUAUAAGCGAGUGGCGAAGCUGGGAAAAGAAAAGCUCUGGCGCGAAGGCAAGGGCAAGGGCAAGGGCUGGAGGCAAGCCGAAGUGGUGGAGUAUCCCGCGCUGCUGCAACGAUUUAAGCUUUGCAGGCUCUGCCACGAAAAAAGGAGUUAUUCGACGGCUUUGUACGCCUCCUCUGGGACAGCUCAUGCCGCGAGACACCUAGUCCGUCAGCACCAGAUCGUUGAAUUUGGUGACAGGAGUCCAUGCUUGGCGACUCCGUUCACCAUAGCGGCCAAAUCCGCGUCCUCUUCUGUACGCCCUUUGCCGCGACAGACUAGUCUAGGCUUUCAGCUCGCCUCCCACUUUGACGAAAGGUCAUGGAAAUCUCGUUUCGUGGACUGGGUCAUCCUAGAGGAUGUCACCUUCCGACAAGCAUCAAGCGAGCGGCUACGGUGGUUGAUUACGAACGGCGGGGAGGUUGCGAGUCAGCUACUUCCCGAGCAUCACACAACAGACGCAAAGAGUUGCGUCCACCUUAGCUUUGAUCUCUGGACUGCUUCCAACGGGUUCCACUACAUUGGCGUUCUUGGCCACUUUGUGGAUAGCCAGGGCAAAAAACGUGAUGUCCUUCUUGGACUGCCGCGCCUAGUUGGGCCACACUCUGGUGAGAAUAUGGCCUCGUAUAUCAAGGAGGUAAUCGAGAAAUACGAAAUAGGUUCCAAACUCGGAUAUUUCAUGCUUGAUAAUGCCGAAAGUAACGACACUUGCCUAGAGACGCUUGCGAGGUGGUUCCCAAUGGACACGAGCCGGCGUCGACUGCGUUGCGUAGGCCACAUUAUCAAUCUGGUUGUCCGCGCUGUCAUCUUUGGGUCAAACGUCAGUAAGUUCGAGGCGGAGCUUCGUGGGGCUACGGACGAAUUUAGUUUCGAGAUUUGGGCCAGGAAGGGGGCUAUCGGCAGACUCCACAACCUUUCCACCUAUAUCCGACGGACGGACCAGCGACGACAGGUGCUUCGGCGUUUACAGACCGAGCUCGCCGGGGACGACGCAAUAUUUACAUUGGAGAUUGUUGUUGAUGGCAAGACACGCUGGAACUCCAUUUACGAUAUGAUCAAUCGUGCACUGGAAUUGCGCAGUGCCAUAGAGCUCUAUCAAUCUCGCUGGCAAAAGCCCAAACAUGAUCCCGUCCACCGUGACUUAACUAAGGAUUUUCUCAACGCUGCGGAUUGGGCUGAACUAGAGCGCUUCCGUGACUUCCUAAAGCCGUUUUACAUCCUUACGAAGACGAUGGAGGGUAACGCCAACAAUCCAGAGGCAGAGGGCGGGCAUGGUGCGGUGUGGGAGACCCUUAAGACAAUGGACUAUUUGUUCGUCAAAUUUAAACAGGCCGCGGAGGAAACUCAGUUCGAGGAGCCGUCCCAUGUUAAGUCGGGAAUUGAUUGCGGAUGGACGAAGCUUGAAGACUAUUACCUCAAAACGGACCGUACGCCAGUCUACCGAGCGGCAUUAGCGCUUCACCCAUCUUAUGGGUAUGACUACUUUGAGAGGCACUGGAAAAUUGUGAUGGAUAAGCCGUUGUGGUACAGCGACAUGCAGUCUGCUGUGGGUAGCAUGUUCGAUGAAUAUGUACGACAGGCUGACGUCGAAACCCAAGCUCAAGUGGAUAUUUUUGACGACGAAGCUGAUGAGAUCGAAGCCGAUAUUAAUGACUACAGUUCAUUUGGGAAAUGGUCAAUCCGCUCUUUGAAUACACAGCGAAAGAAGGUCAAGGCAACUAGCGAGCUUGAUCUAUUCCAGACACGGCCAAUUUACCCCCAAGAUCUCGACGUUGCCAACCCUCUUGAAUGGUGGAACCAACAUCAGUUGGAAUAUCCAGUUUUGUAUCGAAUGGCGCUCGACCUGUUCUCAAUUCCUGGCAUGAGUGCUGAAUGUGAGAGGGUGUUCAGUCAGACAAAAAAGAUGAUCACGGAUGAGCGCAAUCAGCUAGCGCCUGAGGUGGUUGAGGCGGAUCAACUCCAAAAGCACUGGCUAAUGAGAGGGCUGGUAGCGUAG